UUCGGAGCCACAUUCGUCGGUCUCCGCUGGUCGAGUCAAGUUUUGUGCAAUAUGUGAAAUGAGUUCGGCUUGGAAAUGCGUGCUGUGUUGCUGGCAGUGUUAACUUGUCUGUGUGUGUGUGCAGGCUACGACAUGAUCGUUGGAGACACAGUGCACAAGAAGAUGGUCUUCCAUCAGAGGAUCAAGGACUUCGCGAUACCCUUCAAGAAGAGGAUUAAAACGAUGACUUACACGGAUCCAGAGAAACGAAUUAUAAAGGGCAUAGCAGCAAUAGACAACGACUUUUCUCAUGCCAGCGCCAAUAUCACCGAUGGCGGUGUGGGCUACUCACACGUCACAGUCAGAAUGAAGAGCCAAAGACACCACCCGCUGAACUUCGAAGUCGAAAUAUACGUAUAACAGAUGAUUAACGGUUAUUGUCAGUGGUUGACAAGUGACUGUCAGCCACUAACAAAAAGUAAUAUGACAUCUGAGACCCUGAUAGUAAAAUUAAAAAUCGAACGUGGUUUGAAUUUGGAACACUAUAAUUCCAAAUUCAAAAACAUUUGCUUUUUGUUUAAUGUAUCAUAAUAAUGUUUUGAAACUUUGUACCCCCUGUUUAAAAAAGUGUACUAAAGUCUUAAAAGUACCUAGCUAACAUAGUAACAAUGCAUACUUAUAUCUCAAUUCCAUAUUCAUUUACCUACAAAUUAGAAGAACAUAAGUAAAUAAAGGAGCUUAAGUAACAUAUUUAUAAGAACUAAUUUUUAAAGUGAUUAGUCGUAAAAUAAGUACCUGUUACUUGAUGUUUAUUGCCUUUAAUUAAUAAAAAUGAUACCAUUUGAACGGUUCAUGAUAUCAAAAAAAAAUUAAGAACCUACCUGAACAAAAACAAAUAUUGUUUAUUUUUAUAAUAUUUAGUAUAUGAGUAGAUAAAUAACCAAAGUUUAAAUGUCAUAAGUUUUGUAGCAAAACAUACUUAGUUAAUUGUAUAAAACGAGAUGGUAAUAAGACAUGUUUAACUUCUAAUUGUAACUAUAUCAAAUAAUAAAAUAUGUAGGAUUUUUUUAAAUGAUAAGUUACCUAAUUACAGUAAAUUAUGAAUCAUAGAAUGUCGUAAUAUUUUGGUCUGUUAAGUAUCUCUCUAUAAAUAUUAUUUGUACUUAUGCAAUCUUGAAUUCUUAAUAGGUCUGAUUUUUGUUUAAUAAAAUGUAGCAUAAGGACAAUUUAUUGUGAUAAUCGUAGAAAUGCUAGUUUAUGUAAUUAAUGUGAUUUAAUGUUAAUUAUAAAAGAAUCUUGUUAUGUCUAUUUAAUUUAUACUACUUUUAAUAAAAUGAUGUUUAAAUA